GCUCGCUGGUUCGCUCCCCGCGGCGCCAGGAGGAGGGGCGAGGGCCAGCAGCCCCCUCCCCCGCGCGCGGCGCCGGAGCCCAGCCGAGCCGGGGGGACCCGCCGCCGCCGGUCAUGUGGGCAGGACUGCUCCUCCGGGCCGCCUGCGUCGCGUUCCUGCUGCCAGGGACCCCGGCCCGCGGCUACACCGGGAGGAAGACGCCCGGGCACUUUGGGGCCGAGAGACGCCGGCUGGGCCCCCACGUCUGCCUCUCGGGGUUCGGAAGCAGCUGCUGCCCUGGCUGGGCGCCCUCCAUGGGCAGUGGGCACUGCACCCUUCCCCUCUGCUCCUUUGGCUGCGGGAGUGGCAUCUGCAUCGCUCCCAAUGUCUGCUCCUGCCAGGAUGGAGAGCAAGGGCCCACCUGCCCAGAAGCCCAUGGACCUUGCGGGGAGUAUGGCUGUGACCUCACCUGUAACCAUGGAGGCUGUCAGGAGGUGGCCCGAGUGUGCCCCGUGGGCUUCUCGAUGACAGAGACAGCUGUCGGCAUCAGGUGUACCGACAUCGAUGAAUGUUUAAGCUCCUCUUGCGAGGCCCACUGUGUGAACACGGAAGGCGGGUUCGUGUGUGAGUGUGGGCCUGGUAUGCAGCUGUCUGCCGACCGCCACAGCUGCCAAGACACUGAUGAAUGCCUUGGGACCCCCUGCCAGCAAAAAUGUAAAAACAGCAUUGGCAGCUACAGGUGUUCCUGUAGAACUGGCUUCCAUCUCCACGGCAACCGGCACUCCUGUGUAGAUGUAAACGAGUGUCGGAGGCCGCUGGAGAGGCGAGUCUGUCACCAUUCUUGCCAUAACACCGUGGGCAGCUUCCUGUGCACCUGCCGACCCGGCUUCAGGCUCCGAGCUGACCGAGUGUCCUGUGAAGCUUUUCCGAAAGCCGUCCUGGCCCCGUCUGCCAUCCUGCAGCCCCUGCAGCACCCCCCUAAGAUGCUACUGCUGCUUCCAGAGGCAGGCCGGCCCGCCCUCUCCCCAGGGCACAGCCCUCCUCCCGGGGCUCCAGGGCCCCCGACUGGAGUCAGGAUCACACAACUGCCGUCUCUCACACCUGCACUGCCCACGUCCUCUGCUUUUGCCCCAACACAGCUGCUCUCCACCCUGGUGCCUAGUCCCUCUCUGUUGGGGACCCUCGGACCUCCUUCACAACUCCAGGAGAAGGUGGUGGUGACCCCUUCCUUGCCCAGGGGCCCUGAGGCCACACAGCUGGCACCAGGGCCCUCUGCCUGUUGGCACCUGGGAGCCAUGUAUGAGUCAGGGAGCCGCUGGACAGAGCCUGGCUGUUCCCAGUGCUGGUGUGAGGAUGGGGAAGUGACCUGUGAAAAGGUGACGUGUGAAGCUGCUUGUUCUCACCCGAUUCCCUCUGAAAAUGGGGGAUGCUGCCCAUCGUGUACAGGCUGUUUUCACAGUGACGUCUUCCGGGCUGAAGGGGACGUGUUUUCCCCUCCCAACCAGAACUGCACCGUCUGUGUCUGUCUGGCUGGAAAUGUGUCCUGCAUCUCCCCCGAGUGUCCUCCUGGCCCCUGUCAGGCCUUCCCGAAGUCAGAUUGCUGUACUUGUAUACCAGUGAGAUGCUAUUUCCACGGCCGGUGGUACGCAGAUGGGGCUGUGUUCAGUGGGGGUGGUGACGAGUGCACCACCUGUGUCUGCCAGAAUGGGGAGGUGGAAUGUUCCUUCACGCCAUGUCCAGAGCUGGACUGCCCCCGCGAGGAGUGGUGGCUGGGCCCUGGGCAGUGCUGCUUCACCUGCAGGGAACCCACACCCAUGACAGGCUGCUCUCUGGACGACAAUGGGGUUGAGUUUCCGGUUGGACAGAUCUGGUCUCCCGGUGAUCCCUGUGAGUUAUGCAUCUGCCAGGCAGAUGGCUCAGUGAGCUGCAAGAGGACUGACUGUGUGGACUCCUGCCCUCACCCUAUUCGGAUCCCUGGACAGUGCUGCCCGGACUGUUCAGCAGGUUGCACCUACAUAGGCAGAAUCUUCUACAACAACCAGACCUUCCCGUCCAUGCUGGACCCGUGUCUGAGCUGCAUCUGCCUGCUGGGCUCGGUGGCCUGCUCGCCCGUGGACUGCCCCAUCACCUGCUCCUACCCUUUCCACCCUGAUGGGGAGUGCUGUCCGGUGUGCCGAGACUGCAACUACGAGGGGAGGAAGGUGGUGAACGGCCAGGUGUUCACCUUGGACGAUGAGCCCUGUACCCAGUGCAUAUGCCAGCUGGGAGAGGUGAGCUGUGAGAAGGUGCCCUGCCAGCAGGUCUGCUCGGACCCCUCCACGCCCCUCAGGGACUGCUGCUCCUCCUGUCCAGAUUCCCUGGAAGAAAGCCGGGGGCUCUCCCCUCGUGGAGACGUGGAGAUCAGCAAAGCAGCCCGGAGUCCCCGGGGAGACACCGAGGCCCCCGUCAACUGCAGCUCCUGCCCGGGGCCCCCAGCGGAGUCGCCUCAAAGGCCAGUGCUCCAGCUCCUCCAGCUCCUCCUAAGAACAAACCUGUCUAACAUGCAGACUUUACCCGCGAGGCCCUCAGGAGCCCAGGCCUCACCUGAACCCCCUUUGGGGCCAGGGGGCACGUUCCCAGGAGAGCCUGGGGCCUCCUGGACCCCUCAGCCCCCAUCAGGGCCUUCGAUCCCUCCGGGAGCCUCAUCUCUACCUCCGGCCUCUCCCGGGGCUCCUGAGCCACCUUCUGUUACUCCAGAGUCCUUGUCGUCAGCCUCUGGGGCCCACACAGCAUCCAGACGGCCUUCUCUGCCUGCCACCAUCCCUCAUGGAGCCUCAGCCCUUUCCAUGAUGGGCCCCAGGUCCUCAGAGACCCCCAUCACCGUCCUCAGGCCUCGCAGACUCUCUCUGGCCACCUCCAGACUCUCUGCAGCCCUUGCAGCCACGGCCAGCCCCGGCCCCCAGCAGCCCACCACGGGGACCUCACAGGAGGAGGAGUCCACAGUUUAAGCAGGCCUCCAUUUCUGGGCCGUGCCUGGGAGACGCCGGACAGAGAAGACUCUGCCAGUAGCCCUGGGAGCUUGCAGGGCGGCUCUGGGGGCCAAUGAGGCUGCUGACUCCAGCAGGACUCCUGAUGGGGAUGGAAAACCCUCAGGGCCUGAUGUAGCCUUGUUCCCAAGAAGCAAGUGGGAUGUGUUGUGAGAAUCCAGUAACGUGUUCCCCAUGGUCAGCAUCCUCCCUGGACCACAUGGCCCACCUAUCUUUUGAGAAAGGUUGGGACAGCUGAGGCCCCCUUCUGGAGGAGGAGGGUCUGAGGGGCCUGGGAUUCCACUAGGAUUGUGCCACCAGCCAUCAUGUGUCCUCACCUGAGGUUUCCUGAUUAAAAUCUGUCUCGGUC